AAUCCAAAAUUGGUGGUGGACUCUAAGCAAAGGUUAUGAUUGCCCAACAAAUUGCUUUGCAAUCUCUUAAAAGCUUCUCUCACGGUUGUUGAAGAACAGAAAGCGGCUGCUCCUUCGUUAGGCAAAUCAAGCUCUUGAAGAUAGUUGGCUAACACGGAUUUCAAACGUUUGUACUGAUGUAGCGUUAGCAGCUCCAGAACUCAUCCGGAUUUCAGUCAGUAAUCCCAAAAAUCCAACUGGAUGCUGACAGUCAUUUGGGUGGGGCUGACGCGGAUGACAGUACAAGGGAGCAGAGCCCAGGGAUAAGCCAAACCGCACAGCAUCAGUUUAAAGCAACAAGGUCAGUGGGGUUGGUAAAGCCAUGACCAAGCCCGAGUCGAAGAAAAGCGGCGUGACCGCGAUCAACGUUACCGGCAAGUGCGCCACAUCCGCCGCCGAGCAGGUCAACAACGGUUCAGUCGAGCCGGACUGUCCGGAUCAAAGCACACAUAUCAAAUCUAAUGUGACGAAGCAGACUUCCAAGGAGAGCAUGCAUCGGAGAAACACGGAGUGUGAAGUAUAUGACGACGGGACCAACACCUUUUUCUGGCGAGCCCAUACUGUGACCGUGCUGUUCAUUCUUACCUGUGCUCUGGUCUACGUCACGCUGUUGGAAGAAACCCCCCAGGACACGGCCUACAACACUAAGAGGGGGAUUGUGGCAAGCAUUCUGGUGUUCCUCUGUUUUGGAGUGACACAAGCCAAAGAUGGACCCUUCACCAGACCACAUCCAGCUUACUGGAGGUUCUGGCUUUGUGUCACUGUCGUCUACGAGCUGUUCCUCAUCUUCAUCCUGUUCCAGACGGUGCAUGAUGGACGACAGUUCAUGAAGUACAUUGACCCCAAGCUUGGGGUACCGCUCCCUGAGCGGGACUAUGGAGGAAACUGCCUCAUUUACGAUCCAGGCAACACCACCGACCCCUUCCACAACAUCUGGGACAAGAUGGAUGGCUUUGUUCCAGCUCACUUCCUCGGAUGGUAUAUCAAGACUCUGAUGAUUCGGGAUUGGUGGAUGUGUAUGAUCAUCAGUGUCAUGUUUGAGUUCCUGGAAUACAGCCUGGAGCACCAGUUACCUAACUUCUCAGAGUGCUGGUGGGACCAUUGGAUCAUGGAUGUGUUGGUGUGUAACGGUCUGGGGAUCUACUGUGGCAUGAAGACCCUGGGCUGGUUGUCAAUGAAGCCCUACCAGUGGCAGGGCCUGUGGAACAUUCCUACAUACAAGGGGAAGAUUAAGCGUAUAGCAUUCCAGUUCACUCCGUACAGUUGGGUGAAGUUUGAGUGGAAGCCUGCUUCAAACCUUCGUCGCUGGCUUGCGGUGUUGGGCAUCAUCUUUAUGUUCCUCCUGGCGGAGCUGAACACCUUCUACCUGAAGUUUGUGUUGUGGAUGCCUCCUGAACACUACCUGGUGCUGCUCCGCCUGGUCUUCUUCGUCAAUGUAGGAGGGGUAGCCAUGAGGGAAAUCUACGACUUCAUGGAUGACCCGAAGUUUUACAAGAAGCUUGGCCAGCAGGCGUGGCUGGUGGCAGCAAUCACAGUGACCGAGUUCCUCAUAGUGGUCAAGUAUGACCCCAACACCAUCAUGCUGCCCAUCCCCUUCUUCAUCAUGCAGUGCUGGCUCUUAGGAAUCCUCCUCAUCUUUACCUGGACACUAUGGCGGUUUUUCAUCCGUGACAUCACGCUCCGUUAUAAAGAGACCCGACGACGCAAACAGGAAGUCCCCACGGACCGGGAGCGCCCACUGGGCAACGUGGGCACAGCCACCCCGUCCGGGCGGAGCAAACUCAACGGCAGCUCCGAGACGGUGCGGCAGAGGAAGUCCUGAGGGGGGCAACGCCAGUCUUAACCCGUCGGUCAGCAGCAAGGGAAGGGGAAAGGACAAGGUUUGAUUAGGAAAAAACGAGAAGACCGAAGGAGAGUGGUGACACAAAGAAACAUGUAGAGGCAAACCGAUGGACACACGUAUGUGCUGUGUAGACUUCUUUUGUGCCUACAUGAACCAAGUAGUCAUUCAACAGACGCAAGGGGGCAACUUUCAUCCGGUGCAUUGUCUAGUUUUUGUCUUACAGUACUACAUGGAUUUACCUCACAAAAUUUUUUUUUUAAGGAGCUUUUGGGGAAUUAUACACCGGACAAGAUACGUUGUUGUGUUAUUUAUACAUUACUUUGGAUGUUGGUUGACGAGGGGGAAAAGGAAAACGCUGAAUCAAAGAGAAGUAGUUCAAGGAGGGAUAUAGGUGACCAGGGAAGUAGCUAGACGUGUGACCAAUGAUCCAAUGACUGCAGUUUUCCAUUUUCUCAGCUGCACACUUUGUCUUAGAAAAAAAAGAGGUAAGCGUCAGAAACAUGUCCGCCGCUGUAAAUUAGCUUUGUGUUCUGUGAAGUCGCAUCAGUGCAGAUGAGAAAAGGGAGCGUAUUCGGAGCAGUAAUGAGGUGUAGGUAACUAAUGUUCAGAGCUUAAUAAUGAUAAUUGUUAAUAAUUGUCUGUUGAAUAAUGGUCUGUUUUUUUCUUUCUUUUUUUUUUUUUUUUUUUUUUUUACAGUUUAGAGUACUUUUUUCUUAGGUUUGAUUGCAGGCUCCUGAUAAUCACUACUUAUUUUACAUGUGGGAGACAAUAUCAGCUUUUCAUUUACAGUUCAAGGUUUUCAUUCCUGGAAGCAGUGGGAGUCGAGGUCCUUGUAACUGCUUCGCUCAAGCCUCUGUCCUUCAGGCUUGGUUCUUUAAAAAAUGACACGUUUUAUUUAAAAACAAAAUGACAAUAAUCGAGAUGUACCAUAUUCUAGUUAUUUAACUGCUGAUUAUACAUUAUAUGUGGGGUAGAGUUUGGGUGUUUUCUGUAGAUGUUUUGUUAUCACUACUGUUAUUUCACUAUAACACUAGAUUUUACUCAAGUUCAUUUUUGUGAAAUGAGGUACUGAGAAAUCUGCAGCACCCUAAUGAAAACACCCAUGACAAUCCUACUAUGAUACAAAGACGUGCUCCUCAGCUGUAACAGGCUCAACUGAUGGCUCAUUCAGUCCCAUCAGAAUGUGAAUUUAAUAUCUGAUUCCCUGAAUGCCUCAUGUUUUUAAAUGGAACUCUGAAAUUGUGUUAAAAUAUGUUCUGCAGUGUCUGAAUAAGCUGAAACUAAAUGAAAGCCAGCCUUAUCUUAAGAGGGGGAAAUGAUGGUUAAGGUUUAGUUGUGUUUUGGUUUGGGAAGCGAAGAUAACCAUCCUUUUCCGGCUCUGUGGGCUUGCCAUAUUGCACAUGCAACAAGCCAAAGCUUAGAUCCCAUUCUUGCUAAAGCCAUACAUGCCACUCAAACAGCUGUUUAAACCUCAUUUAGAUUUCUUUUCAUUUCAACUAAAGCAGAGUCCCAAAGCCAUCGGGAUCAGUCGUGUCAGCGUACAGUGUUUAUAUUACAAAAGGCAAAUUAUUAUUGAAACCAAAUUUACUUAUGUUAAAAAAAAUGGGGACCUUAACGCCCUUAUUUCUGUGACGAUGAUUGUUUCUCAGUCUAAAUAUGUUGAAUCAUCUCAGUAGUGUUUGACGUCCUCGUCAGUUAAAAAGUAGAGUUACAAAAUGUAGAGCGGUAUCGAUUAGUCGACUGAAAAUGAAUCUGCAACUAUUCUGACGAUCGAUUAAUCGUUUGUGAUUUAUUUUCAAGCAAAAAGGCCAAACAUUCUCUGGUAGCCGCUUCUCAACUGUGAUAAUUCUGCUUUUCUUUGUCUUAUGUGGUAGUAAACUAAAUAUAUUUAGGUUUUGGACUGUUGGGCGGACAAAACAAGGGCAACUAAAUGUAAAUGAUUCAACUCAUAAUGGCAAUUUUUUUCACGUUUUGCAGAAUAAUCUGCAGAUUAAUAGAUAAUCAAAAUAGUUGGAUACAACCUUAGUUAGACAUUCUGAACUUUCCAUAAUGCUACCAAAGAUAAGCUUUACACUGAAGUCCAACUGAAAAUAACACUAUGUAACCCACUUGUGUUCCACUCUGGUUGGAGAGUCACUGUUAAUAAAUGUCCGUCAGAAUAGUCUUUGUCCAGUUCAGGUAUUGUGGCUGUCAGAGAAUCAGCUGUAAAUGUCCGUGUCAGUGGUUACAUCCUACAUAGUUGAAGACAAAGUAGAAGACAUCUGUGAAUCUAGCUCCAGAUUAUCCUGUUGUAAACUAGGCUGGUGUUUAAUGAUACUAUAGUCAUUUUCUUGUGAAUGUAAUCCCGCAGAAUCUACUGUUCAAAUGAGAGGGUCUGUUCAUCAUCUAUCACUUUAUUUUGCUAUAAACACUGAACUGAAGUUUGCCAUCUCAGCAAGGCUCAUUCUCAUGCUUAUCCAGGCUCUAACCAUCUUUCACCCUCUUUUUUUUUUUUUUGAACACAGAUUACUGAGCAAAUUUAAAACCCUAAAAACAAUGUUUAGCCGAUAUGUCAACGUUUGUACUUAUCCCAUGCUGUUCUAAUUCAGUUGCUUGUGAACUUGGUAGAAGUUCAGGAAAGUUAGCUUUUUCCCCCCAUUUUUUUUUUUAAAUAAAGCUUUUUAGACAUGGGCUGGGGGUUCACACUAUACCUUUGCCCAUGCCUUGGAUUGGUUGAAGUGCUUUUGUUUGAAAUCUUUGAAGACCUACACCAACCCAAGUCAUGAAUUUGCACAUCAGCUCUGAAAUCACAAAAUAUUGAAUUUAGAAACUUUUUGAGCUGUGGAACAAAAUAGGAACUGGUCCCCAGAAAAAGGACUUCUGUUUUAGUUCACUUGCAGCCACAUGGGGGCAGUAGAUGUUCUGUUACUGCCUCUGCCCUGUGUUCUUGUCUACUUGACAAUGAUCAUUUGCAACUUGCUGUAAAAGUCAUUUUCAACUUGGUUUGUGCAAAUGUAAACAUGUUAAAGAUCAUAAAAACUGAAAUAUGCUGCUGCACCACCUACUUUUAUAAUGUUUUCAAUAAAAUCGACUGAAAACCUGAA